UUACUUCAACUUAUCAUUAUAUAUAGGUGGAACCCUUUUAUCAAAGAAAUCAUAAUACACUCAUCAAGUUAUGGCUUCUUCAUUUGUUCUUCAAGCUCCAUGGGCUAUCACAACCAACUUAUCUUGUUUUCCUUCCUUUACAAAACCCUCACAUGUUUUCCCACACAAAAAACCAAACAAUAAGUUCAAAGUAUCAUGCAACCAAAACAAUGAGGCAAAUAAUUCUCAAGAAAAAGUUGAAAGGAGAAAUCUUCUUCUUGGUUUAGGAGGAAUUUAUGGUGCUGCCCAUCUUUUACCAUAUGAUGCUUUAGCAAGUCCCAUCCCAUCCCCUACUAUUACACAAUGUAGCACUGCCUUUAUUGAUGAUGGCGUGCCUAAAAUACCUGUGUGCUACACUUGUUGUCCUCCUAUCCCGGAUAAGAAAGACGUUCCUUGCUAUGACCUUCCUCUUGUAUCCGGAUUUCGCGUUCGUCCUGCAGCUCAAACUGUAGAUGACGAAUACAUAGCUAAGUAUAACGAAGCUUAUUCGCGUAUGAAGGCGUUGCCGACAGACGAUCCUCGUAGUUUCAUGCAACAAGCCAAUAUCCAUUGUGCUUAUUGCAAUGGUGCUUAUAAAGUUGGAGGCAAAGAGUUACAAGUUCACUUCUCGUGGCUUUUCUUCCCUUUUCAUAGAUGGUACUUAUACUUCCAUGAGAGAAUCUUGGCUUCCCUAAUUGGUGACCCUACAUUUGCUUUGCCAUAUUGGAAUUGGGACCAUCCUAAAGGCAUGCAUUUGCCUGACAUGUUUGAUGUCGAAGGUACAAGUAUAUAUAACGAAAGGCGAAACCAAAAGCAUAGGAAUGGGUUUAUUAUGGAUCUUGGUUAUGCUGGAGAAGAUGUGGUAGCAAAUGAUCUACAAAAAAUGGUUAAUAAUCUCGCUAUAAUGUAUCGUCAAAUGAUCACUAAUGCCCCUUGCCCUUUGCUCUUCUUUGGCAAACCUUAUAGACUUGGAAGUAAACCUAGUCCAGGGAUGGGUACUAUAGAAAAUGUGCCACAUAAUUCUAUACAUAGAUGGGUUGGUGAUCCAAGACAACCAAAUCAAGAAGACAUGGGAAAUUUUUAUUCGUCAGGCAAAGAUCCUGCAUUUUUUUCACUUCACGCCAAUGUUGAUCGAAUGUGGACAAUAUGGAAAACACUGGGACGAAAACGUAAGGAUAUUAGUGACCCAGAUUAUUUGGACACUGAGUUCUUUUUCUACGAUGAAAAGGCAAAGCCUUUUCGUGUUAGGGUUCAAGAUUGCUUGGAUGAAAAGAAAUUGGGAUAUACAUUUCAACCAAUGGAUACACCUUGGAAGAAUUUCAAGCCACUACUAAGAAAGAACACAAAAAAUGUCAAGAUUGAUCCAAAUUCAGUUCCACCAGCUAGUCAAGUAUUCCCUAUAAAGAAAUUGGACAAGAUUGUAACAUUUUCAGUGGCUAGACCUAAAAAAUUAAGAACUAAAAAAGAGAAGGAAGAUGAAGAGGAACUAUUGACUUUCAAGAAUGUGGAAUUGGAUGUGAGAAAGUUUGUAAGGUUUGAUGUUUUCCUCAAUGAGGAUAAUGAUGUGAUUGCAAAUGAGGUGGACAGGACAGAAUUUGUUGGGAGUUUUGCAAAUUUACCACAUAUUCAUGAUGAUCCCAAAAAAGAAAAAUUUCCUGAAUUUAGCCUGGCUAUUAAUGAAUUAUUGGAGGAUUUAAAACUUGAAGGUGAUGAUCUUGUUGUGGUGACUCUGGUUCCUAAAAUUGGAGGGGAUAAUGUUUCCAUUGAAGCUGUUGAGAUCCAGCUGGUCCCUUGUUAAGCCAUUGAGAAAUACUAUGUUUUGUAUUUCAUGUCUACUAAUUAAGGUUUGAAAAACAAAUAGCAUGUUUUCUAGUAUCAGAAGGUUAAUCCCUUUUGAUUAUCGUGUAAUGAUGAAGACUUUAAUGAAUAAAUGCUUUUGUUUUAUGAAAA